CUUCUGAAGCAGUCUCCUUGGAGCACCCAUCAGAGCAGUGGCUGGGGCACUGGAAGUAUGUCCUGGGGAGCAAUGCAUGGCAGAGAUCACCGGCGCACUGGAAACAUGGGAAUUCCGGGAACUCUGAGUCAGAUUUCACCCUUGAAGAAACCGUUCUCUGGUAAUGUCAUAGCACCACCGAAGUUCACUCGCUCGACACCUUCGCUGGCUCCAAAAUCUUGGAUCGAAGAUAACGUGUUCCGAACAGACAACAAUAGUAACACACUCUUACCCUUACAGGAUCGCAGCAGAAUGUACGACAGCUUGAACAUGCACUCACUGGAAAACUCCCUGAUCGAUAUCAUGAGAGCAGAGCAUGAUCCCCUCAAGGGUCGACUGAGCUACCCACAUCCAGGGACGGACAGUCUGUUGAUGUUAAAUGCAAGGAGUUAUGGGCGAAGACGAGGUCGCUCUUCCCUCUUUCCCAUCGAUGACGGCUUGCUCGACGACGGUCACAGUGACCAAGUUGGCGUUUUAAAUUCACCCACGUGCUACUCAGCCCAUCAAAACGGAGAGCGAAUAGAGCGCUUCUCUCGAAAGGUGUUUGUUGGUGGUCUUCCUCCAGAUAUUGAUGAAGAUGAAAUAACAACUAGCUUCAGAAGAUUCGGGCCUUUGGUGGUAGACUGGCCACAUAAGGCAGAAAGCAAGUCCUAUUUCCCACCAAAAGGCUAUGCGUUCCUUCUCUUUCAAGAAGAGAGCUCAGUCCAGGCUCUGAUUGAUGCUUGCAUUGAAGAAGAUGGGAAGCUCUACUUGUGUGUUUCUAGCCCAACCAUCAAGGACAAGCCAGUUCAGAUCCGUCCUUGGAAUCUAAGUGAUAGUGAUUUUGUGAUGGAUGGUUCUCAGCCUCUGGAUCCCCGAAAGACCAUUUUUGUUGGAGGUGUUCCAAGGCCAUUAAGAGCUGUGGAACUUGCUAUGAUCAUGGACCGGCUGUAUGGUGGAGUGUGUUACGCUGGAAUCGAUACAGAUCCUGAGCUCAAGUACCCGAAAGGCGCUGGGCGAGUGGCUUUCUCAAAUCAGCAGAGUUACAUCGCUGCCAUCAGUGCUCGGUUUGUUCAGCUUCAGCACGGCGACAUUGACAAACGCGUGGAGGUGAAGCCAUAUGUGCUCGAUGACCAGAUGUGCGACGAAUGCCAGGGAGCGCGCUGUGGCGGGAAGUUUGCACCUUUCUUCUGUGCCAAUGUCACUUGCCUGCAGUAUUACUGUGAGUUUUGUUGGGCAAAUAUCCACUCUCGGGCAGGCCGUGAGUUCCACAAGCCAUUGGUGAAGGAAGGCGCCGACCGCCCACGGCAGAUCCACUUCCGCUGGAACUGAGGAGCGCGCUGUGUCCAAGGAGAAGGAAGGGUGCAUGUGGGUUACUGUGUUGGAAGAUACUGACGUGCAGAAGAAAUAAGUGCAUUCUUCUGCUUUUCACCCCGGCUGUCAAUACGUGCAUCUUUAUCAGCAGCCAAAACACCACAAGCCUCUUGUUUUUCACCAAAACCCUACAUCUCAGGCUUACUGAUUUUUGCGAUAUUUUCAUGUUAAAAAAUAAAAUGUUCUUUUGUAUUUUCUCCAAGUUAUUUUUAUAUGUAAAGUGAAAAUUAAGAUAAGAGAAUGUUUUGCGUAGGGGCAACACAGUCUGCUGCUAUAUACCGUGGGUGAAGCGUGCACUUAUUUCUGAACAUGGGUUUUUAACUUCAAGAUCUGCCCCAGGAACUUUACCAAAGGUAGCAAAAUAAUAGUGAAGAUGGAAUAUGUCUGCUACAAAUGCUUAUUUUUAUCGUUGCUAUUUUCCGUGUAUACAUAAACUAAAAAUUAGGGUUGAUUGUUUUUGGCUUUGGGUUUGGUUUUGGGUUUUUUUGCUCUCCAUUUUGACUUGCAAGAAAUAAUACCUCAAGAUAAUCGGAUUUAUUAGCUAUUUUUAAACAUUUUUAAUCACAAGCUGUACUAGCUUUUGCUGCUAUAUAGGUGUUAUGUGUAAAUGCCACCUAUUAAUACGGGAUUGAAAAUGUUAGAGACACUGCAUUGCAGAGAUAAAAAUGCAGGCAGCACAAUAUGGCCUAAACUGCCAUCGUUUUAGAAUGUGAAAAAAUAAUUUUUUAAAUGCAUGUUUACUUACCUGUAUACACCAUAUGCAUGCACUAGAGUUUAUUAACUUACAAGAGGCGAGGUCUUGCAAAUGCUCACACAAGCUCUCUUGAACCUAGAUCGCAUGAACAAAUGAUAAGCUUUGUUUAAAAGAAGCAAACUUGCAUGCAUUAUUGUGACUUCAAGUUUAAAAGCAAACCUGUCCUACAUGUGUACAAUAUGCAAAUUCGUUUUAGAUUAGCAAGUGCAGCCAUUUUGUGAUCUGGUCGGUAGUAGACUUGGACUUUAUGCAGACUGGAUGUAAUAUGUGUAAUCCUUGUGCAAUUUUGUGACGUGCGGUUCUAAUUCAUGUGCAGUGAUGUAGUAUAGAGAAAAGACUGAGUAGAAGAAGAAGAAAAUUCCCAGGAUUUUUAAAUGACGUUGAUUUUAGCCCCUUUGAGAGUUCAUGGUUAAGACAUCCUUUGCAAACCAAAGACGGCCAGCACACUGCUAACCAACCAGUCACCAAUUGUCAGACCCACAAGAAGCCCAUCCUGACCAUGGCAGGCUGGAGGGAGGUCUGCAAAGAGUACAGUCAAAAUGGAGAUGGGAUAUAGGCAGCUGGCUAGUUGAGUGACAUGAAAUGGUACCUUUACGGUGAUGUUGUGAAAUCUGGCUUAAACUUGCUUACAUGUUUAACUUACAUGUACCUUGGGGUCUUCUGUCUAAACUGGGGUCACUGUUGCAUGGAACAUUGUUGUCCUUAAUGGUUAAGGAUUGAUUGCCUUUUUUGGGGUUUUGUUUUUGUUUGUUUGCUUUUGGGUUUUUUUGUAAAAAUUAAUGAAGGAAUUUUGGUAAUGACUUUGCUUGCAGUUUCUUUUGAUUUUUAAAAUUGUUUUAUUAUUUUUUGAGAAAGUGGCAUGGAAACAUGCAGUAGUGCGUUUCUCUUGGUACUGAACACUAUUAGAAUAUCAUCAGUGGCAUUUUUUUCUCUUCAGAGCAUAUUUAAUGCAACUAGCCCCUAUCUCUUGACCUAAGAGUUAUUCUGCAAUCCAAGCAAAGCGCCCAACACUGGUCAAUGUUCCUUUUAAAACAUAAAUAAGUGCAGAUUUUUGACUCUAAAGAGAAAAUUACAAGGGUAUUGCUUUACAGCAAACCCUUGGGACAAUCCCUCGAGUGAGCAAAGUGUUGAUCUUGUAUUGGUUGUCUCCGGUGUGCUUUUUGUACUGUAAAAAAAAAAAGAUGUGGUUCAUGUCUAACUGCUGUUUUACUGUGGUUGUGGUUCAAGUUUUUAAUGUUUAAAGUUGAUGCUGUUUUCAGAAGAGCUUUUUACUGAUUUAUUUGUCAAUGUUCCCUGUUUGUUACUUAACCAUGGUCCUCCAGAUUUUUUGGAGUAUUCUUUUCUAACCUUAACCCUGCCAAACCUUAAUCCAUUUUGACAUUUAUUAUGCACUAUUUUUAUAUCUCUGUGAGAGAUUUUUCCAACAGUCAGCUAUUUUAUGGCACACUUUUUUUGACUGGUGACAUCUCCUUUGCUAUACCUCAAUUUUUGGAAUUUAGAAAAGAAAUCAGUAGUUUUGCAAUGUUAAUUAUUUAGAUAUUUAAUUUCGCAGAUUUUUUAACUUUAUUUUCAUAAUUUCAGCUUAACGUUUAAGAUCAAGAGCCUUUUCAUGUAUUAAAUAAUGAGCACUAAAAUAAAUUAUAUGAUGAAAAUAAUUGGAGAUGUUGAAAGUCACUUUCCCUUCGUAAAUAUGUGAGACGAAGGGACCUAGACUCUGGUGCCCUCUUUGUCACGGGCGACAAGGACAGACAUGUACGGUGGGUUACCUUCAUUUCUGUUCUCACUAAAGCUGAUUUGUUCCAAUAUUGUCCCUCCCCCCCCGC